ACGUUUAUUAUUUUUUCGCAUUGUUUAUACCUUCCCCACUUUCCUUCUACUUCGAGGUUCUAGAGCUCAGAAUCAGAAUUAGGGUUCUGCCCUGAAUCAGAAUUGUGCUAAUCUGUGAAUUACGUCAAGAAUCUUCCUUCUAUUUCAAUGGCUCACACCAGUGAUAAUGUUGUUGGGGUUGAUAACACCUUCAGAAGAAAAUUUGAUCGGGACGAAUAUUUGGAACGAGCUAGGGAACGUGAAAAACAGGAGGCGGAUUCGCGGGUUAAAUCUAAAUCGAGAGGCCCUCCAGUGCAGAGGAAGCCCUUGAAACAUAGGGAUUAUGAAGUGGACCUUGACUCUCGCUUGGGAAAAACUCAGGUUGUUACUCCAGUGGCACCCUUAAGUCAGCAGGCCGGAUACUACUGUUCUGUUUGUGAGUGUGUGGUAAAGGAUUCUGCAAAUUACUUGGAUCAUAUAAAUGGAAAAAAACAUCAAAGAGCAUUGGGUAUGUCUAUGCGGGUCGAACGGGCAUCUGUCGAACAGGUCAAAGAGCGGUUUGAACUUCUUAAGAAACGGAGUGCUCCUGGCAGCUUCACAGAGCAAGAUCUUGAUGAGCGGAUCUUAAAGCAGCAGCAAGAAGAGGAGGAACGGAAGCGCCAACGUCGAGAAAAGAAGAAAGAAAAGAAGAAAGAGAAGGCGGCAGAGGAGGAAGUUGACAUGGAUCCUGAUGUUGCCGCUAUGAUGGGAUUUGGGGGUUUCAGUUCAUCCAAGAAGUGAUAAUGUUUAAUCGUGGGAGUGUUGCUUUGAAGGAACAGCUUACUUUAGGUACCUUGACAUUAUAGAUACAGUAAUUAAUAAUGAUCUUGUGAUGUUCUAUAUUUAUAGUGAAAAUCAAAGUUUGCCGAAGCUCAACAUUUACGACAGAUUUCCCAGGUGAUAUCAUCCAUGUUCAUUCUUUGUACAUUUAAAUCCUUGCGAUACUUUAUAAGAUUCAAGGCUACUUUGUACC